GGCCGAGUGGCACCGACGCCGGGUAACACGUGCUGUUCAGUCGACGGAGGAGGAUCGGGCUCCUCCCGACCGGUGUCGGCCGGCGGACACAGGGCGUGGCGUGCUGAACGUGCUGGGCUAGGAAGUGGAAGUGAAGCGUGGCCUCAGUGAACGUGUCUGAAGGCGUAUGAGUGACGGCUAAGGACGAGACGAGGUGACCUGCCUGAACACUGUGAACAGUGCACAGUGCAAUCGAUGUGAGCACAGUGAUCAGUGCACACUGGCACAGUGCAGCUGACUCUAAGAAGCGUACUAGGCUAGCUUCACUGCUAAUGCUCCUGCUCCCCCAAAGCUGAUCUUACCGGAUCAAUUUGAGGUCCCGAUUUCGGGUUUUAUAUUACCAAUUGCCGUUCUGUAGCAGCUUCGGCAAUAAUGAGGCGCCCUAUCAUCCUAGCGGCCGGGUUACUGGCUCUGUCGUCUCUCUUUCAGCCAGGCGGCGCCGAGACCACCGCCAGCUGCAAGGGUCAGCAGAGCUGCACUGCCUGCCUGACGGCCCAUUCAGACUGUGCAUGGUGCAAGACGGAACGAUCGGAGGGCUUUCCGUACGACCACUGCGACCUGAGCCCGGUGAUCGCGCGCCUGUGCCCGCCUGCCGACAUCGUGUUCCCCCGGUCCAGUGUGGAGGCUGUGAAGAACACUUCGCUAUCGGAACAGCAGUCGCCCAGCCAGCCGGUACAGGUGGCGCCGCAGCACCUGCGGCUCAAACUCAGACCGCACGAGCGGAAGGAGUUCGAGGUGAAGUUUCGUCAGGUGGCUGACUACCCGCUGGACCUGUACUACCUGAUGGACCUCACCGUCUCCAUGCGCGAGGAUAAGGAAACACUUGUGGCCCUCGGUGAGGACAUGACCAUCCUGCUGCGGCGGCUGACGAAGAACUUCCGCCUGGGCUUCGGCAGCUUCGUCGACAAGCCCGUGAUGCCGUACGUCUCGCAGGCGGCGGGCACCAAGGAGAACCCGUGCGCCCUGUACAAGGACAUCACUUGCGUGCCGGCUUACGGCUUCCGGAAUCACCUGAACCUUUCCAAUCAAGUGAACCGGUUCACUGAAAAGGUGCGGCAGGCAGAGGUCUCAGCAAACCUGGACGACCUGGAGGGCGGCCUGGAUGCUCUGGUCCAGGUCGCCACGUGCUCUGACGUCAUCGGCUGGAACAAGAAGUCCCGCAAACUCAUCAUCUACACCAGUGACGGCUUAUUCCAUCUGGCAGGGGAAGGAUUGCUGGGCGGAGCUGCCAUGAGGAACGAGCUCACCUGCAAGCUGUCCAACGACGGUUACUACGAGCGGACCAGAACACACGACUAUCCGUCUGUGGCCGAGCUGGACCGGGUGCUCCGCAGGGAAAACAUGAACGUUGUGUUCGCCGUGUUCAGUGACGUUAGGAAGGAGUACGACAAGCUGACGGAGUUGAUGAAGGCGAGCGUGCAGGUGGAGUCGCUCUUGGAUGACUCCUCCAACAUCCUGUCGGUGAUAAAACGCCAGUACGAGAGCAUCACGUCCAGGAUCGAACUGGUGGACGACUCCGGCGAGGAGAUAGCCAUCCGCUAUCGCUCCAGCUGUCUGGACAAUGAGCUCAAGCUGCGCAACAACUGCACCGGCAUCAAGACCGGCGACCUGGUCACCUUCUCCAUCGAGGUGGAGGUCCUCGGAUGUCCAAAACAAAAGAACCACACUAUCCACCUGAAGGACGUACUGACCUCCGAAACGGUACGACUGGACGUAGAGAUCGUCUGCGAGUGCGACUGCGAGCGACCCGAGCUCGUGCAGACCAACAGCCCCAAGUGCAGCGGCGUGGGCGCACUGCAGUGCGGCGUCUGCGACUGCCCCGAUGGAAGAGCCGGCUGGAGCUGCGAGUGCUCUGAGACUCUGGGCGGACAGUCGUGCCUGCCGGACAACUCGACCAGUGGGCCCGAGUGUUCCGGACGCGGCGAGUGCGUCUGCGGCAAGUGCGAGUGCCACGCGGGCAGCACGUUCAACAUCACGGGCCAGUUCUGCCAGUGCGACAGCAGACUAUGCGACAGGGCUCCGAACGGCCUGAUCUGCGGCGGCGAGCAGCACGGUCGAUGUGAGUGCAACCAGUGCGUCUGCCGCCCCGGCUGGACGGGAGCCGACUGCUACUGCAGCAACGACACGCGCAACUGCAUACCGCCCGGCUCCAGCACCGACCUCGUGUGCAACGGCAAGGGCGACUGCGUGUGCGGCCGCUGUCACUGUGUCAGCACCGACGAGGGCAGGUACGCCGGCCUGUUCUGCGAGGACUGCCCGACGUGCCGCGGUUUGUGCCGCACCUACCAGCCGUGUGUCGAAUGUCGGCUGCGUACCAAGGCCGGUACUGGCCACAACUGCUCCAGCUGCCCCGAGACCGAUACGCACGAGAUCACCCUGACAGACCGGCUGGCUUCGCCCGAAGAUGGCACCAUGUGCCGAUUCCAAGAUGCGCUGGACGGAUGCUUCUACCAGUUCCAAUACUACUCGGACGAACGUGGUAUCACCGUUAUCAACGUUAUUAAAUCAAAGGAGUGCUACGAGGUGGAUGUGCUGGCCAUCGUGCUCAGCACGGUCGGAUCGGUGGUAACCAUCGGCGUCAUCACACUGCUGCUGUGGCGGCUCUACACCUACCUGGCCGACCGGCGCGAGUACGCCAAGUUCGAGCUCGAGGUCAAGGCGAUGAACGAGGCUGACUCGGGCAUGGAAAAUGAGCUCUACCGUAACCCGGUCACCAGGUACAGGGUGCCCGAGGGCGUGAUGGCCAAACUGGAGGAGGAGGAUUGAGGCCGGGCGCGGCCACAGCCACAGAUGGUGAACAGGGGCACCAGUGGUGAGGCGAGGAGCGGUGACAGACGGCUUGUGACGACUGGUGUGCCGUGACUGUACUUGGACCCACAGUGUUAGGGACACUCAGUAUUUAACAACUGAACAGGGAGAUGAAGACCAGAGUGACAACUGGCAGGGAUAAAAAGAAACGGAAGUUACUAACGAACUGGAGCUAGAAGAGAUAGCUGACUGUGAAUGAAAAGAUUGGCAUGUGUGGCUCAAAUGAAUGAUUAUGUAGACCAAAAUACAUGCAAAGAUAAUCGA